AUGGCAGUUGCAACCUCGGCAGGCUCUGCCAAACCGCUUCGACCAGCACCGCUGGCCCUGCUCCCUCCUAUACCGUUAUAUCGCCGCGUGUUACGGGCUCACCGGAAGCUACCCGUAGAGAUGCGAGUACUCGGAGACGAAUACGUGAAGAGCGAGUUUAAAGCUCAUCAGGACAUUGAGAAUCCUGUCCACAUCAUUGGCUUUCUCACAGAAUGGCAGAUGUAUGCCCAGCAGAUCGAAGGCGACUCAUGGCAUGACGAGAAGAUGGACAGGAGCAAGAUUGACAAGAUGAGCGAUCAGCAAAUCGGCCAGAUGUACGAGCUCAUGCAGCAGAUACGGAAGGCAGAACUUGAGGACAACGAUCCUGAGUACGAUCCUACCAAGCACAGUUAA